AUGGACGUUAUGUUCUCGGCCGUUAUGCGGCAGAUCUAUAAUGUUUUGAUUGAACAAGUUGGCACGGAACCCUACGAAUUGGCUAGAUGUGAGCCUUCUAUCAUAUCAGAACUGAGCUUACCUGCUUCGUUCGCUGUUGCACCACUUGCGCGGUCUUCAGAGGAGAUCAAUGCCUCCUCUGAGCGAAACAAAACAUCGUGGUGCACAGCACAAUUGAUCGCACCGGGGAGUAAUGGGCAGCUCCACUCUUUUGCGGAUGAUCAAUCAUUUUGCCCUCCAUUGUGCUCGACAAAAAUUGGUGAAGGGGUGCGGUCGAAGAGCCUAAGUCUCACUGCAGUAGAACUCACAAAUGGACCGCCGAAAGAGGUCGGUGGUGAUCUCACCACUGGCAAAAUUCCGCCCACGACAAAUUUCUUGACAUCUGCAAAAAAAAUUGCCAUCAUCGAUAUAGCCAACUUUUCCGAGAAACCAAAAAAGCGCGAUUCGGAGGAAAUUGAUAUUGACGGAGAACUGCUUCGUAAAACCACAGAUGUAGCCAAUUGGAUGUGCGUUGAAAUGAGCGGUGUUAACCCUCCAGCGAACGAUCUCGACUUCGCGAACGCUCCCAACUUUUGUUCCAAUUUUGGCAAUAAACAUAGGUUGCUUGAUGGUACUACUGAAAUCUUGAAUGAUGAUGAAGUGUCGGAGGUCUUAGCUCCUCCAAACACCCCGGUUGACGUUGGCCACAGAAAAGAAGCACAAGACAUUGAUGAAAGCGAACUCUAUUGA